AUGGGCCGCGCUCUCGCAGCGCGCUUGGUCGAGGCCGGCCUGGCAGUGGUAGUUGGGUCGUCGACGAGAGACACGAAGGGCUACAACCUCCCGUGCCCGGUGGAAUCCAUCGCUGAAGCGGUCGAGGAGGCCCAUGUUGUGUUCCUUGCGGUGCCAGACUACGCGCACUUGCUCGUCAUGAACGCCGCGGACUUCUCGAAUCGCGUGGUCGUGGACGUCUCGAACCGCCGUGAGCGGCGCUCGUACGGCAAGUCGAUCGCGGAGUGUCUCCGAGACGCGUGGUCCGAGCACCACCAGCGCUGCGUGGUCGUCAAGGCCUUCAACACCGUCUCGGCGUACCACCUGCAGUGGCACGCGAGAGGCCGCAGCGUGUUCAUCGCGGGGGACUCCGCAGCGGCGAAAGCGCAGCAAUCGAUGCAGGUCGCGUCGCUCGCGGAGUCCAUGGGCUUCACGACGGCUGACGUGGGCGGCCUCAUGUCGGCGCGCAAGUUGGAAGACAUCCCUCACCGUCUGUUCCCGAGAUGGGGUGUUGCCGGACUGAUGGCGCUGGUGACCUUUGCUGCGUGGCUCGUCUACAACAUUCUGUGGUAUCACGUGUGGUCCUACGGAUCUGCGAAUCCCUUCCUGCCGGACGAGCCCCUGUUUUCCUACCAGCAGCUCCCCGCGAAGACCAUCAACGGCGCCGUGGCAAUGUCCGCGGCAUCGCUCCUCUCGCUGGUCUUCCUCGCGACGGCCGUCGCACGCGUCUGGCAGAUGUGCCGGCGCGACUUCGACGCCGCGUUCCCCAGAUGGCUUGCCGGGUGGCUGGCAUGUCGCAAGGAGAUCGGCCUGCUCGGCGCGCUGCUGGCGUGCGUGCAUGUCGUCAUUUCUCUCGCCCUUCUCGACCCUUGGUACUAUCCGUCUCUGUACCGCUUCGUCGGCCUGGUGCAGUCCAGUGCGGGGCGGCCCCUCGGUCCAGCUUCGCUCGCCAACCGCCCGCUGCUCACCAAGUGGGGGGAGUCCUUCGUCCUGUCGGGCUCGGUCGCGCUCCUGCUUCUGGCGCUGGCAGCGGCCUGCUCGAUACCCUCCGUCGCCGCAGGCCUGUCCUGGCGCGAGGCCGACCUCGUGCUCUCGAAGUCCUGA